CUCUGUUCGUUCAUCAAUGCCCAUGCUGACGUUUCCUGGUCCGAAAGGUACCCAAUCAUAGACUUUGGCUCAGUCUCACCUCGAAGGCUGACGUGAUCCAUGUUGUACAGUGUUAUCUCACAGGAAACUUGCUAGGAAGCGCAUAAUCUUCUUCGGGAGCGACAAGUACAUGGAGUGGGUCUGCUUCCCGAGCUGGAGACAAUUCUAGCGAAUCGAAUAUGCUAUACCUGGCGUCUCUUGUAAUCUUCCACCUCCAUUAUUGCGGAGAUGCCAGUACAAGACAUCCUGAUUUCGGUUGACAAGCUGCCGUAAUGUCACCUCGAGAAAAGUACCUGCUACUGAAGUUUACUCUAGAGGCAUUAUGGAUACUGCCUGUGCCCAAAGUUCCAGACGGUGGAACGGUGCUGGUGGAGAGACAAGACAGACUCUUCGCAGAGGUAAACAUUCUACACGAGAUCGAAAGAAAUUCGGUUCGAAUUUGCGAGUACCGACUGACAAUCCCUGAGUGGGCAAGUCAACCUCUUGUCGGUUCCCACGAACUUCACAGCAGUAGAUCCAGAAUCUUAAGGUUGAUUCGUGUUUUUUCAUCCGAUUAA